AUGUGUAUUCACCGAUUUUUUUUUUUUCUCCUUUCAGAAUUACCAGCAGAAGAGGGUAAACCUUUAUGGCAGCUUAUAUUAGAACAAUUUGAUGAUUUACUAGUGAAGAUUUUACUUUUAGCAGCUAUAAUAUCAUUUGCUUUAGCCUUAUUUGAAGAACACGACGGCCAGAUCACAGCUUUUGUCGAACCAUUCGUCAUCUUACUUAUUCUCAUCGCCAAUGCAGUCGUCGGUGUGUGGCAGGUAAGACUUACGUCCGUUCAACAUCUUAGUGCUCUCGAGUUGGAAGAAAUGACCAGUAUUGACUCACGAACAUUUUCUUGUUUGUUAGGUGAAUCUGUAUCUGUGAUCAAACAUACCGAUGCUAUUCCAGAUGUAAGGGCUGUUAAUCAGGACAAAAAAAAUAUUAUAUUUUCGGGUACUAAUAUUGCAUCAGGAAAAGCUCGUGGAAUUGUAAUUGGAACUGCUUUAGACACUGCCAUUGGUAAGAUUCGAACAGAAAUGUCCGAGACAGAAGAGGUUAAAACACCUUUACAGCAGAAGCUGGACGAGUUUGGCGAACAGUUAUCCAAAGUGAUCUCGGUAAUCUGUGUAGCUGUAUGGGCAAUUAAUAUUGGUCAUUUCAAUGACCCAGCCCACGGUGGGUCCUGGAUUAAAGGGGCCAUUUACUACUUCAAGAUUGCUGUUGCUCUAGCCGUAGCUGCUAUUCCAGAAGGUCUGCCUGCUGUUAUCACAACAUGUCUAGCCUUAGGAACAAGAAGGAUGGCCAAAAAGAACGCGAUAGUGAGAUCACUGCCCUCUGUGGAGACUUUAGGUUGCACCUCGGUCAUCUGUUCUGAUAAAACUGGGACACUGACCACGAACCAGAUGUCAGUUUCUAGGUUUUUCAUCAUGGAUCACGUAGAAGACAAGAAUGUUGCUUUACAUGAAUUUGAAGUAACCGGAUCAACCUACGAGCCUAUUGGAGAAGUCUUUAAAGAUGGAAAAAAAGUCCAGUCCAGCGACUACGAUGCUUUAAAUGAACUUGCAACGAUUUGCUCAAUGUGCAAUGAUUCCAGUAUAGACUUUAAUGAGUACAAACAAAUGUUUGAAAAAGUGGGUGAAGCCACAGAAACAGCACUUAUUGUUCUCUCAGAAAAGAUCAACCCCUUCAACUUUGAAAAGUCAGGCCUAACAAGGAGAGAUGCUGCUUUAGUUGUUAACCAUGGUGUUCAAGCUAUGUGGAGGAAAGAAUUUACUCUAGAGUUCUCCCGUGAUCGGAAGUCUAUGAGCUCCUACUGUGUUCCCAUCAAACCUGUUCGAUUAGGAACUGGCCCUAAGAUGUUUUGUAAGGGGGCACCAGAAGGAGUGUUGGAUAGGUGCACUCACGUGAGGAUUGGAAGUAAGAAGAUUCCCAUGACCAACACUAUUAAGAAUAGGAUUUUGGAAACCACUCGACAUUAUGGCACUGGAAGAGACACUCUACGCUGUCUUGCCUUGGCUACCAUUGAUGAUCCAAUGAAGCCCGAAGAAAUGGACCUGGCAGAUUCCACAAAGUUUCACUUAUACGAGACUGGUAUGACAUUUGUAGGAGUUGUAGGGAUGCUAGAUCCUCCGAGGAAAGAAGUUUUUGACUCUAUUCAACAGUGUAGGGCUGCUGGCAUCCGUGUGAUUGUCAUUACUGGUGACAACAAGACUGGUGAUGGAGUUAACGAUGCUCCUGCCCUGAAGAAAGCUGAAAUCGGUAUUGCCAUGGGCUCGGGAACAGCUGUUGCCAAGUCAGCUGCGGAAAUGGUGUUAGCUGAUGACAACUUUUCUUCAAUUGUAGCAGCUGUUGAAGAAGGGAGAGCCAUCUACAACAACAUGAAACAAUUUAUCCGCUACCUGAUCUCCUCAAACAUCGGCGAAGUAGUAAGCAUUUUCCUUACGGCUGCCUUGGGGUUACCAGAAGCAUUGAUUCCCGUCCAGCUGUUAUGGGUGAACCUGGUUACUGACGGUCUCCCAGCCACAGCCCUGGGCUUUAACCCUCCAGAUCUCGAUAUUAUGGAACGUCCUCCUCGUAAGGCAGACGAAUCCCUUAUUUCCGGCUGGUUGUUCUUCCGCUACAUGGCUAUUGGAGACUUUGAUAUUCAUCCUUUUAACAACUCCGUGUCUGUAGUUGAAUACUAA